GGAGGUCUAUAUCAAUGCAUAAAGAGGCUCCUUCCCGUUGUAUAGCCCAGCCUUAUUCGCUCCAAUACUGGAACCUUCCAGGAUCUACACGAUGGUUCUUGUUGUUGCUUCUUGCCCAUUCUGACUCAUUCUGAGGUCAUAUAACUCGAGAACUUCCUUCAGCAUGAAGUAAUAUCCUUACCAUCCUCACCAAGCCCACCAUCCUCACCAUCCCCACCAUCAAGCCCCAGCCAAUCUAGACCUCUCUCGACCACUCAGACAAUCACCUACCCCACCUCCAUCAUGGCGUUGAAGGCAAUUGUAUUCCUCUCGCGCAGCGCCAAAGUCACCCCGCAAGAGUUCAAAGACUACUACGAAAACCACCAUAUGCCUCUUGCCAAGGAGAUCGCCGGCAGCGCCUUCCCCACCCUCCACCAGCGCUGGUAUCUCGUCCGGAACCCCCAGGAUCCCGCCUCCACCGAUCCAUCGAAUGCCAAUUACCUUGCCAAGGUGCAUGCGGGUCAAGCAGACGAUUUUGCGUGGGACGUGUGCGUUGAGAUGAUCUUUGAAGAUAUGCAGCACUGGGGCGCAUUUCAAGCUCGAUUGGCUGAACAGGGGAACCGGAUUGCCGAGGAUGAGAAGAAGUUCAUGGAUCGCAGCAAGGUCUAUGUGGCUGAGAUUGAAGGGCCAUUUGUGUUGACGCCUUGAGGGUUAUAACUGACGAUGGUGGAUAAUAGGGCGGGGUGAAUGAAUCUUUUGUUCAAGUGGUGAUUGGGCUGCAUCAAUCUAGUCUUGUGCAAGCUUUGCCCUACCUCUCAUUCUUCACUAUGGAGGGGUGCUUUUUUUUCCCCUUUGUCUUUUUCGCUUGACGCGAUACUUGGGAAGUUAUUGAUAUUGUUAUUUGCUCUAUGCUUCAUAAAUUGA